CUUAUUAUUAUGUGGUUAAAUUCAGUCUUUAUUUUGCAUCUUAAUAGAAAGCUUUCUCUAUACCCAGGUUACAGAGGCAUUCACCCAUGUUUUGUAUAGCUUUUUUAUUUAGAGCUAUGUUCCAUUUGGAGUUUAUUCCUAUGUAUGUUAUGAAGAAUGGAUCUAAUAUCUUUUUCCAGAUGGCUUUGUAGUUGUUAAAACAUAAAAGAUGGAUUUUACCUAGUAAUUUGAGAUACCAUCUUUACCAUUGAUUUCUAUGUGUAGUUGGGGAAGUUUCUGAACUUUCUUCUAUUUAUGUACCAGUACCACACUAUUUUAAUUAUAGAAGCUUUAUAGUAUAUUUUAAUAUCUAGUAUGACUUGUACCCCCUUAGCCUUUUUGUUCUUUUUUAACCUUAAUAAUUUUUUGUGGAUUUUUUCUUUUGUAUUUUUUAAAGGAGAAAUUUGGCUUUAUUACUAUAGAAGCAUAAACAUUUUUCUGUCCUGGAGAGUAUAAGUGGAAGGGCCAAAGUUGAAAAGGAAAUGAGUGGACCAGGGACCUGAUAUGUAUGGGAACAGCAUUCUGAGCACAGAUGUAUUGCAGCUAAUGGUUCUGGAAUUAUGCCCAAAUAGUAGCCCUCACACUUUAAGUGACAUGGACCAAAGUAAUAAAAGGAAGCAGGGAAGUAAGCCAUGCCACCAUUCCUCAGUGACCUCAGUUGAUUCUUACUUAGUAUUUAAUAUUACAUAAUAUUUAAUUACAUAAUAGUCAUUUUGUGAUAUUCUCUCAGCUGAAAUACCUUUUGAUUUAAUGUCUACUGAAUGAUUGUCUUCCUAGUGAUCUCCUGAGUUCCUAACUGCUUCUCCUGUUUUGUAAAAUUUAAAAAAAAAUUUUGAGAUGUCGAUGGACCUUUAUUUUAUUCGUUUAUUUUAUAUGUAGCAUUGAGAAUUGAGCCCAGUGCCUCACACAUGCUAGGCAAGUGCUGUACCACUGAGCCACAACCCUAGCCUCCCUAUUUUGUAAAUUUUAAUUUGGAGUCUUUUCUAUCCAUAAGUUAGAUCAUGACUGUUUCUUUUACUUUUUCUUUCUUUUAAACGGGGUUUUGCUGUGUUACUGAGGCUGGCCUCAAAUUUGCAAUCUUCUCUCCUCAUCCUCCUGAGUAGGGAUUACAGACGUGCCACUGCCCAGCUUGACUGUAAUUCUUUAUUCAUAUGUACUCUAAAAUAUAUAUUUUACCUUCCUUUUAUUGCUCCUGUUUCCUCCUAACAUUUACUUAUAGAGUUUUCAUAGUACGAUUAUCCAAAUUUCAAAGUAAUUAUCCAAGAAUCUGAUAUGCCUUCAGGAUAAGAGGAGAAAAUUCAAAAUUAAUUAAGUCUAAUCGCAAAUGGCUCAUUGUCUAAGGUUUAGGAGUAACUAGUUUAGAAUAAUUAGAAUAGUAUCUUUUCUUAGUAUUUUAGUAGAUAGGUACGAAUGGAGAACAAAUGAUACGUAGUAUGACUUCAAGGGAAUAAAGAUCUUAGAAUCUGUUUUUGGAAUUUUACCUUUUCUGAGUCAUGUGCUUUAUCACUCAGGUUUAAACCUCAAUCCAAUAACUGGACUUCAUUUUAAUAGUCCAACAAAUAAUUAUAACAUAUAGCACUCACCAAAAAACAGGCACAAUUCUCUGUGCUUUUACACAUAUUAUCAUUUAAUAUUUACAACAACUCCAUUGCCUUCAUUUUACACAGGAGCAAACUGCUGUAUAAGGAGAUUAAAUAACUUUCUCAGGGGCAUACAGCUGGGUAUUUGAACUUAGGAAGUAUUCUAUUAAUUCUUUGGUUACCAAAAGGAAUUGGUUCCAGGACACCCCCACAUACACACAGAGACACCAAAAUCUGCUGUAGAUGUUAAAGUCUUUAUAUAAAAUGGUAUAGUGUUUGCAUAUAACCAACACACAUCCUCUUGUGUACUUUAAGUCAUCCUUUGAUUAUUUGUGAUAACUAUAACACUGUAAAUGUUAUAUAAAUCUUUCUCAUUCUGCAUUUUUUAGGGAAUAAUGGCAAGAAAAAAGUCUGUACAUAUUCCAUGUGGAUGAAAUUUUGUUUUUCUGUAUAGUUUUAAUUCAUUAUUGGCUGAAUUUGCAGAUGCAGAAUCUGCAGAUAUGGUGAGCCAACUGUAUUUUCUUUGCUCAUUGGUUCAUGGUUUUGCAUCUAAUCUUUGAUUUGCCCAAUAGUUAGCCUGUUUAUAAGUAGGAACAUGUUCUUCCAUGUAGAGUUCUUCCCUAAUCACUUUCCAGGGCCAGUGUUUUCCUUGGAGGGAAAGUCCAGAAGGCCAAAUCAACUUCAGGCAGCUGCAGGUUGUUUUCUUUCUAAUCUCUGCAGUGAUCAUCCUCAUGAUUUCAUAACCACAACCACCUCCUUGAUACCCUACACAGUGUCACAUUUGAAGACGGGCACUGAGGAUGAGGAAUCAACUGAAAAAUAUGAAAAUGUUGGAAAUGCAGAAGCUAAGUGGCCAAAAAUGGAAGUUCUUCACAAGGAUCAUAUGCAGGAAUCUAUUGAUAAAACUCAUGAUUGGGAUAGCAAAAUAGGGAAUCAACUGGAAAAGCCUGAGUGGAAAAGAAUGAAGGAAGACAAAAGUGGCAUCAGGGAGAAGAUUGACAAAAACAAGAACACAACAAAUAUAAAAACAGAACGAGAUGAGGCAUCUGAGAAAAGCUUACAUCUGAGCUCAAAGCAUAUUACACAUCAGACUGUCCCUAUAGAACAGAAAAGCAGUGAACAAGGUAAAUGUAUUGAGAGCAUUAAUGGAAACUCUCAUGCCAGCUUACAGCAGAAUACCAUUGCUCUUAAGAAAUCACAUAAAUGUGAUGAGUGUGGGAAGUCCUUCAAAUAUAAUUCCCGCCUUGUUCAACAUAAAAUUAUGCACACAGGGGAAAAACGCUAUGAGUGUGAUGACUGUGGAGGAACUUUCCGGAGCAGCUCCAGCCUUCGAGUCCAUAAACGGAUCCAUACUGGGGAGAAACCGUACAAGUGUGAUGAAUGUGGGAAAGCCUACAUGUCCUAUUCCAGCCUUAUAAACCAUAAAAGUACCCAUUCUGGGGAGAAGAACUGUAAGUGUGAUGAAUGUGGAAAGUCCUUCAAUUAUAGCUCUGUUUUGGACCAGCAUAAAAGGAUUCAUACUGGGGAGAAGCCCUAUGAAUGUGGUGAGUGUGGGAAGGCCUUCAGGAAUAGUUCUGGUCUCAGAGUCCACAAAAGGAUCCACACAGGGGAGAAGCCCUAUGAAUGUGACAUCUGUGGAAAGACCUUUAGUAAUAGCUCUGGCCUGAGGGUCCACAAAAGAAUCCAUACAGGUGAGAAACCUUAUGAAUGUGAUGAGUGUGGGAAGGCCUUCAUUACUUGCAGAACACUCCUAAAUCAUAAAAGUAUUCACUUUGGAGAUAAACCCUACAAAUGUGACGAGUGUGAGAAAUCUUUUAAUUAUAGCUCUCUCCUUAUUCAACAUAAAGUCAUCCACACUGGAGAGAAACCUUAUGAAUGUGAUGAAUGUGGAAAGGCCUUCAGGAACAGCUCAGGCCUUAUAGUUCAUAAAAGGAUCCACACAGGAGAGAAACCUUACAAGUGUGAUGUCUGUGGCAAAGCAUUCAGCUAUAGCUCUGGCCUUGCAGUUCAUAAAAGCAUUCACCCAGGAAAAAAAGCUCAUGAAUGUAAGGAGUGUGGCAAGUCCUUUAGUUAUAACUCACUUCUUCUUCAACAUAAGACUAUUCAUACUGGAGAGAGACCUUAUGUAUGUGAUGUGUGUGGGAAAACUUUCAGAAACAAUUCAGGCCUCAAGGUCCACAGGCGACUUCAUACUGGAGAAAAACCAUAUAAGUGUGAUGUGUGUGGGAAAGCUUAUAUCUCACGCUCUAGCCUUAAAAAUCACAAAGGAAUUCAUCUAGGGGAGAAACCUUAUAAAUGUACCUAUUGUGAGAAGUCCUUCAACUAUAGCUCUGCACUUGAACAGCAUAAAAGGAUUCAUACAAGGGAGAAGCCCUUUGGGUGUGAUGAGUGUGGCAAAGCCUUCAGAAACAAUUCAGGCCUUAAAGUACAUAAACGAAUCCACACUGGGGAGAGACCUUACAAAUGUGAAGAAUGUGGGAAAGCCUACAUCUCACUUUCAAGCCUUAUAAAUCAUAAAAGUGUACACCCUGGGGAAAAGCCCUUUAAGUGUGAUGAGUGUGAGAAAGCCUUCAUCACAUACCGAACUCUCAUAAACCACAAAAAAAUUCAUCUUGGGGAGAAGCCCUAUAAAUGUGAUGUAUGCGAGAAAUCUUUUAACUACACCUCACUCCUUUCUCAACACAAAAGAGUCCACACUAGAGAGAAACCCUAUGAAUGUGACAGGUGUGAAAAGGUCUUCAGAAACAACUCAAGCCUUAAAGUUCAUAAAAGAAUACAUACUGGGGAGAAACCCUAUGAAUGUGAUGUGUGUGGAAAAGCCUACAUCUCACACUCAAGCCUUAUUAACCAUAAAAGUACCCAUCCUGGUAAGACCCCCUAUACAUGUGAUGAAUGCGGAAAAGCUUUUUUCUCUAACAGAACACUUAUAAGCCAUAAAAGAGUCCAUCUUGGAGAGAAACCCUUCAAAUGUGUCGAGUGUGGGAAAUCUUUCAGUUACAGCUCACUCCUUUCUCAACACAAGAGGAUCCACACAGGGGAAAAACCCUAUGUAUGUGAUAGGUGUGGGAAGGCAUUCAGGAACAGCUCAGGCCUCACGGUGCAUAGAAGGAUCCACACAGUUAAAGGAGAUAAUGAAGACAAGAGCAUGAAAACAGGAAACAACACAGUAGAGAAGAUCAGCAAAGUCAGCUCCUAUAGGAAAAAGAGACUCAGUGCUUGGAGAAGGCACUGUCAUUGGGAAAUAGUGACCAAACUCCAGAGUCUGCUGAGAAAUGAUGAGGCCCCAGCAUUUAAGUGCCAUCUUAAAAAUGUUGAGAUUCAACUUAGCAUGCUGUCCUGUCACUGGAAUUCCUAGACUUAGCAAAACAAAAACAAAAAUCAGGAUGCCCAAUUAAAUUUUAGUUUCAAAUAAACCAUGAAAUAAUUUUUAGUAUGUUUCAUAAAAUAACAAUUGCUUUUUAUCUGAAGUUCAAAUUUAAAUGAAUGUCCUGUAUGUUAUCUGACAACCCUCUGGGUGGCACAAUCUGACCAUUUACUUUGAGGGUCUAAACCUAACUGUGGGCACUACUGCUGGGAAGAAGAGGAUGUCUGACAUAGUCUCCUUUUGCUCUCAUUGUUAUUGCUGGUUACACACCCUUCAUGGUUGGGCAGGGUUUCCUCAUACAGCUGGUACCCUUUGAAACAGAAUAUUGGGUUGAUAAGGUGGCCCAAACCCUGCCCCUCCUGUGUCCACUUGACCUUUGAGUUCUCCUAGAACCUUGGCAUGCCAACCUUUGGGAUACAGACUGUUUCACUGUCAUCUUUUACUCAGAGGCUAAAACCCUAUUCUGCUGAACAAACCCCAGACUCUCCUGCAGGUUCCUACUCCUACCAGUAAUCCUUACUGUGAGGGAGGGCACCUCACAGGCAGGACAGAGAAUCACUUCAUUUCCCAUUCCACUUCUUUAGAACCUAUAGCACUAACCUUCCUUCUGCUUCCUCCUUCUUCCAAUUGUAUACAUCCAAAAGACCUUUGUCAUUCAGCAAAUACUAAUUAAGUAUAUCCCUAUUAAGCAAAAGCAUCAUUGUGGUUCAGGCUCACAAAUCCAGUUGUUUAAUGGGCAUGAUUCUCAAAAACAUCUCAACUUCAUUUCAACAUUCCCCACAGAAUUCACCAUUCCAUUCUCCCAACCCUUCUUAUACUUGGUUAAUUCUAUGCUCUUUCUUCCAUUAUUACCAUGUGGUAAAUUAUGGAGGUUAAUGCAAGGAGUGCCCAGUCAUGGCUUUCUCAAGGAAGAUUUCUGAUCCCCAGGCUAGGUCAGGAUCUUUCAGGGUAAUUCUAGAAGUUUACGAUUCUACAUUACUUAUGUAUUCAUGAGAGGUAGUAGUGAUCCUAGAUGCAAUGGUUUGGAGCAGAUCUUGAAUGUGAGCCUUGGUUCUACUAUUUACUUGCUAUGCAACUUUGAACAAGUUAUAUGUAUUUGUGAUUCAGCUUCCUCAUUAUCAAUUGUAGUAUCUAAAUUAUAAGGUCGUUGAAGAAAUCAAAUGAAUUACUGUAUAUAAACCUAUUGGGAUUUUCUAAAUGGCUGAGAACUAGAUUACAUGUCACAUGAAUUUAAUUUGGAAGGGCACUUGAAGAAUUUUGACUGAGCGUAAAGAAGGUAGUUCUCCAGCGAGAAAUCAGGGUAAGAUUACAAAAAUAAAGUGAAAAUGAUGUGAAGGAGGUUAAAAAGCAAUUGUCCCCUUCAUUUUGGCAGCAGGAUAGAUGUUGGCACCAUUCACACAGAACUCAGGAAGAAAGGUU